UCACGGUUGCAUCUCCAACAUGGCGUCGCUGGGAAGGAGGCGCGGUGUCCCAGUAAGCAGGGAGAGGGGAGUGAUGGCGGCGACAGACUGCUACAUUGUGCACGAGAUCUACAAUGGGGAGAAUGUGCAGGACCAGUUUGAGUAUGAGUUGGAGCAGGCACUGGAGGCCCAGUAUAAAUACAUUGUCAUUGAGCCCACACGCAUCGGAGAUGAAACGGCCCGGUGGAUUACCGUGGGCAACUGCCUGCACAAGACGGCCGUGUUGUCAGGUACCGCGUGCCUCCUGACGCCAGUUUCACUGCCGGUUGAGUACUCGCGUUAUGUGGCGUUGCCCGCCGGCGCCUUCAGUGUCGCCUGUGCUGCCCUCUACGGGAUUUCAUGGCAAUUUGACCCCUGCUGCAAGUACCAGGUGGAGUACGACAGCCAAAAACUCUCACGGCUGCCCCUGCAUACACUCACCUCCUCGACGCCCGUUGUAUUGGUACGCAGGGAUGAUGUCCACAGAAAGAGACUCCAUAAUACGAUAGCACUGGCUGCCCUGGCAUAUUGCGCCAAGAAGAUCUACGAACUCUAUGCGGUAUGAGUGCACUCUGAAGAGGGUUUAAGAACCAAGAGAAAAAAAGGAAAAAACAAACAAAAAAAAACCAGAACCUAUCCACACCCAGAUGUAAGAAAAAGUGGAAGUCACGAUCAGGCCCUGCAGUUAGCUCCACACAUGGUGGGUGCUUCCAUUUUGAACUUUGAUCGGAGGGAUUAUAGUUAAAACUAGUUUUUCCUUUACAUUUUCUUUACUUCUAUGUGACAACAACAGCACACUUAUAUCCGUAGUACCCUUGCGCCUCCUCCCCAGCGCCCUCCACCUUCAUCCUUGACACACAAGCAAGUGCACAAGGGUACGACAGCAGUUCCUCUGGAUUGAAUUGUACUGCAGUUGAAACGGACCGACAUGUUUUGAGUAUCGAGCUCUCUCUCCCCUUCUUCCGCGUAGUUUUACUGUACCCCUUUCUUGCUGAUCAGUACAUCACCCUUUCAUUAAACAUUAGGAUAUUUCAACCUAACUUUUCUGUAUGUUAUUUUACUUUUUUCAUUAAAUUCUACAUGAUGUUCAGAAAAGAGCAAAUAGUUGCAAAUUAUUUGAGAUUGUGUCUUGUUCAUGUAGAUAUUCUUGUUUAAAAGAGUGUAAGAAAGAUCUUAUGUGGCAAUGUUUGGCUCAAUGUGUUCGAAACACUACAUAAAUACUUAAUUUUGAAAAGUCACAUUUUACACAUGCUUCUAAUAAUGUAUAUUACAUUGACCUCAAGCCAAACCCCCAUAAUUGAAAUUAAAAUAAAACCACUAUUUGACAUUACAGAUAACAAUUGAACAGCAAAUUAUAAAUUCAUACUUUCUUGUACAUGUUUAUCCAAUGGUGCUUGUUAUGCGUUGCUAUCUAGAUCAGCACUUUUAGAAGUCAUAAGAGGAGUUAAAGUAUUGAUGAAGUGGAGGAUGAGUUGUGAUUUAACAGGAGACUUGUAACAAUUUAAUAAUAAAGUUGAGUUAAGAUGUGAGUUAGUUGAAUAUGAAGAGAGACAGUGACCUUGUCAGGGUCACUGAUUAAAAGUAAAUCUCGUAUAAAUGUUCACUACAAGCUGAAUAAGGAUUGUUGACUUUGCCAGCAGGAUUUGAGCAAAUUAAAACGUGUUUAUGAAAAGUUUCCUAAGAAUUUUGUGUAAAUACCUUAAAGGUCUAUCAAACAAUGUAUUAAAUAAAUUGUAA